AUGCCCGUACAGUACUCGAGUCUCAGCGUGGGCGACUCCCAUCAUUUCACCCGGACCAAAGCGAGCUUGUUUGACGUGAGUCACAUGGUGCAGCACACGUUCAGCGGGCCGGCGGCGGCCGAGGCCCUCGAGCGGAUGACGCCUGUAGACACAGGCGCUCUCGGGGAGAUGCAAUCAAGGCUAAGUGCCUUGUUAUGGCCGGGGACCGGGGGCAUAGUGGACGACUUGAUGGUCACCCGGCUGCAGGGCGACAAUUUCUACGUCGUGUCCAACGCGGCGUGCCGGGACAAGGACCUUCAGUUCAUUGGAGAGCAAUUACAAGGCAUGGGGAUCUCCGCGAAGGAUGUCUGGAAGGUAGAGGAGAACGUCGGGCUCCUGGCUCUUCAGGGGCCUGAGAGUGAGGGUAUACUCCGAAACCUUAUUGAAGGUAGCAUUGAUCUCGGAAAUGUUUACUUUGGCACCUCUUUCUAUGCCCAGCUUCGGUUGGCUGAUGGCUCCAAGACGAGGGAUCUCCUCAUCAGCCGUGGGGGCUACACGGGCGAGGACGGGUUCGAGAUCUCGCUCAUCAUCCCCGAUGGCAAGGGCAACCUAGUACAGGAAGUCUCGGCCCUCGCCGAGGCCCUGCUCGAGGCUGCAGGCCCUGAGAGGCUCCAGCUCGCCGGUCUCGGUGCCCGAGAUAGCCUCCGGCUCGAGGCGGGUAUGUGCCUUUACGGCCAUGACCUUGACGAUUCAACGACCCCAGUGGAGGCGGGACUUUCGUGGAUUAUCUCUCCGGACCGACGCAAGGCUGGUGGUUUCAACGGGGCUGAAGAGAUCCUCCCCCAGCUCACCCCGAAAUCCAAGGGUGGCAAAGGGGUUCAAAGGCGCCGCGUGGGAUUGACAGUUAGCGGUGCCCCUGCUCGCGAGGGCGUUGAGAUCCACAGCAAGGAAGGCGAAAAGAUCGGCGUCAUCACUAGCGGCUCUCCCAGCCCGACAUUGGGCAAGAACAUCGCGAUGGGCUACAUCAAGGAUGGUCUCCACAAGGCGGGUACCGAGGUCGACGUUCUCGUGAGAGGAAAGAAGCGAGCUGCGGUAGUCACCAAGAUGCCAUUUGUGCCAGCUCAGUACUAUAAGACGGGCUAA